AUGGCAGACCUGCACCCAUCAGCUGAAGUCAUCGGUGUUGAUCUCUCGCCGAUCCAACCAAACUUCAUCCCGCCAAACUGCAGAUUUGAAGUUGACGACAUUAACAAAGAAUGGACAUUUCCCGAAAACAAGUUCGACUUCAUUCACAUCCGCUACAUGACAGGAACCGUGCCAGAUUGGACAGAACUUCUCAAGAAGGCUCAAAGGCAUCUCAAGCCCGGUGGCUGGAUCGAGCAUGUUGAACUCUGGGGAGACGCCAGAGCUGACGACGACACCAUGAGCCCCGAAUCUCCGCUCAAAACUUGGGUCAAAAUCUUUAAUCAAGUAGCAGAAAAAGUCGGCAACCCUUUCUUCUGGAAUCCCGCCGAAGAAUUCGAGAAGGCUGGCUUAAAGAACAUCACUGAGAAGAAGGUUAAAGUACCGAUUGGUACUUGGGCGAAAGACAAGGAUCUCAAGCAGUGGGGUGCAUGGAACCGACAGUUCCUGCUACAAGGAUUGGAAGGCUUUUCUAUCCGCGGCUUGACGGAGCUUCUAGGAUGGGAGUACGAGAAAGCGCAGGUCUUCCUCGUGGAGAUGCGUAAAGAGCUGUUGAACCCAAAGCUUCACUCAUACGUGUUGGUAACCACUGUAUACGGUCAAAAGUCCGAGGAAUAA